ACCAUAGACUGUAUGGUUUUCACCUAUGAUUUUUACCAGGAUCAUAGCGCAGAAGCCGUCGUUAGCCUGUGUUUUAACCAGAUUGCUCUUUCAUGUUACAAAUUCCGUCGCCACUAGAGAACAUCACGGAUGACAUUUCACAAUUAACAUUAACUCAGUGGAAAGACAACAUCUGGCACACACCUGAGCUGCCAGAUUUGUCAACCACAGAACAUAAAUCAGCAGAGGAAAAUAACGUGGUGUCAGAUGUUUCUGUUCUUAACGGCAUCAACGUCAAAAGGUGGCUUUGAAUUUCUCACCUAUGUAGACCUCUUAAGUGGGCAUUCCCUGUAGUUGGUGUGGAUCCAGUCACUUUUACAUGAACAGUGUGUCCUUUGGAGGUGUCUACUUUGGACACAGUCUCUGGUUACUUGGGAACUCUGUGCCUUCCGCACCAUCAUGGAACAUCCACGGGAAAAAGAAGGUGAUCGGCCAGCUAGAAGCAGUAAGGUGGCUCAAGGGCGAAGUGGGCACUCUCGUCCCUCCAGCUCCACCAGCUCAUCUGGUGUAUUAAUGGUGGGACCAAAUUUCCGUGUUGGAAAGAAGAUUGGUUGUGGCAACUUUGGAGAACUGAAACUCGGAAAGAACCUUUACACUAAUGAGUAUGUCGCCAUCAAAUUGGAGCCAGUCAAAUCACGGGCACCCCAGCUCCAUUUAGAAUACCGCUUCUACAAAACUCUUGGCAGCUCAGUAGAAGGUCUGCCCCAGGUGUUCUACUUUGGACCUUGCGGAAAAUACAAUGCCAUGGUUCUGGAGUUAUUAGGCCCAAGCCUUGAAGACCUUUUUGACCUGUGCGAUCGAACAUUCUCACUCAAAACUGUCUUGAUGAUUGCCGUUCAACUGAUUGCGCGUAUGGAAUAUGUACACUCGAAGAACCUCAUCUACAGGGAUGUUAAGCCUGAGAACUUCCUCAUUGGGCGGCAGGGGAUCAAAAAGGAACACGUUAUUCACAUCAUAGACUUUGGUCUAGCCAAAGAGUACAUUGAUCCUGAAACAAAAAAACAUAUUCCAUAUAGAGAGCACAAGAGCUUAACUGGCACAGCCCGAUACAUGUCAGUAAAUACACACUUGGGAAGAGAACAGAGUCGCCGAGAUGACCUGGAAGCACUGGGUCACAUGUUCAUGUACUUCCUUCGUGGGAGCCUCCCUUGGCAAGGGCUGAAGGCUGACACAUUGAAAGAACGAUACCAGAAGAUUGGGGACACAAAGAGGAACACUCCCGUAGAAGUUCUCUGUGAGAAUUUUCCAGAGGAGAUGGCUACCUACCUUCGCUAUGUGAGACGGCUGGAUUUCUUUGAGAAACCAGAUUAUGAAUACCUUCGGACCUUGUUCACAGAAUUGUUUGAACGAAAAGGAUAUGCCUUUGAUUACACGUAUGACUGGGUCGGCAGACAGAUUCCAACACCUGUCGGAUCUGUCAAUGUGGAAUCAGGUGCAUCAGCCAUAACAAGAGAAAGCCACACUUACAGAGAUCGGCCAUCUCAACAGCAGGCUUUUAGGAAUCAGACAUCUGCUACAGAUCGCAGGGGAGCCUGGGAGGUGCAGCCCAACCGCCAGACAAACUCUUCUUAUCUGACUUCGUACAUGGCAGACAGGCAUGGAGGAUCAGUGCAGGUGGUCAGUUCAACCAAUGGUGAACUGAAUGUAGAUGACCCACUGGCAGCUCAUUCCAAUGGCCCAAUCACUGCACAUGCUGAAGUGGAAGUGGCUGAUGAAGCUAACUGUGUGAAAAUGCUCAACCUGUGGUGCUGCUGCUUCUUCAAGAAGAAACGGAAAAAGAACACACUUCGACAUAAAUAAGCUACUGAGUCGAAUAAUGGGAAAAUGAACUUGAAAAUCCCGCAUAGGAAGAUUGAUGGCUUCCACUUGGAAACCCUGUGUUUGAGAGUAAGACAUGCAUUGUAUUUGUCCCAGUUAAUUAAUUUAUUUUCAGUUUCAGCUUUUGUAUGUUUAUAGGCUCCAUUGGUGGUAGGUUGGACACAGCCAUGGUUAAUAUGGUAGUGUCAUUUGCUGUACCUUACCAAUGAAUAUAUUCAUGAGCUCUCUCCCUCCAUAUAGAUAUAUGAAUGGAAAUGGAAUGACCUAUUUUGAAUAUAUUUAUUUGGGGGGCAGCUUGCACUUGUUAUUCAAACACAGUCGGGUAGAUGUACAUGUCACUACUUUGUAAAAAGUGACUUGGCCUGUCGGCAGAAAAGGUAUGUUAUGCCUACUCAUUUUAUGUUGAAUUUACUGAACCUUGGUCUGAUAAUGUAAUCAGUGCAUGUCACUGCCCUCUAAUUGUAAUUUGUAGGGCCCACAACUGAAUAUCAUUCAGUCACAGGCACAGUUCAAUAUAUAUUCAUGGAACUCUCAAUGACAUUAAAAGGAAUAAAACGUUUAGUGCUCAGGAAACAGAG